GCGAAAGUGAGAAAGCGCCAGAGUGUUCUCGCUGCAGUGGAGUAGCGUAGAGAGGAGCGGAGGCGAUCGGAGCGCGCGGCGGAAGCGGCGGGGCGAAGAGGAGGGCAGUGGGAGGGCGACGCUUGUUGUCCGCCGACGGUUUCUCAUGGGCGCUCUCAUCUUCCCGCCUGGUCUCUCAUGUGGCGGCUCGACUUCAACGACCAGCAGUCGUUCAACACAAACCUUCCCGACGAUGUACGCGUGCCCUCAGUAGCAUUGUAUCGCUAAGGGGGAGAGAGAGAGAGAGAGAGAGAGAGAGAGAGAGAGAGAGAGAGAGAGAGAGAGAGAGAGAGAGACCACCAGCUGCCAGCCGGGAAGACGAGUAAACAGAUUAUUCUUUCUGAACCGCCGGACUUGUUCUGAUCAUCGAGGCAGUGAUGGCAGCACAGUCGUCCUUUAUCCCAGUCAGCCGGGACAGCCAUUUCCCGCUACAGAAUCUUCCAUUUGGGAUCUUUCGACCAAUCAGGGGUAGCGGUGCACGUCCACGAGUCGGAACAGCAAUUGGCGAUUUUGUUGUGGAUCUGUCAGCUCUUGCCUGCCGCGGGGCUUUCAGUAACUGCCCUCAUCUGUGCAAGGGUGCAUCGGAGGGUUGUUUUGCACAGUCGAGCCUCAAUGCAUUCAUUGCGCUUGGCCGUGAUGCCUGGCGGGAAGCGCGCGAGUGCCUCACUUCUCUCUUGGCAGAGAAGGACCCUUAUGGAGCUCCCUCCGCCUCCUGCUCCUCUGUGUCAUCAUCAUCCUUGUCUCUCCAGUAUGAUGAUGAAAUCCGUGGCGAAGCUGUCAUCCCGAUUUCGGAUGUGGUGAUGGAGAUGCCCGUCAACGUUGGGGACUUUACCGACUUCUACUCGUCCAGGCACCAUGCAUCAAACAUUGCAGCGAUAUUCCGGGGUGGCAACAACACCCUGCCUGCCAACUGGGUUCAUCUUCCGACAGCAUACCAUGGGAGAGCAUCAUCAAUAGUCGUCUCAGGCACACCUAUCCAUCGUCCUUGGGGCCAGGUGGUGUCGCAGCAGAGCUCAUGCUCUGGAUUAGACUCAGGGCCUGGUGUGCAUCACAAGCAUCUGCAGCAGUGCAGCCCAGAUCUGAAGCCGUGUGAACAUCUGGACUUUGAACUGGAGGUAGCAGCAGUCGUUGGCGUAGGGACGACCUUGGGCACACGUGUCAGCGUGGAACAUGCCCGGGACCAUAUCUUUGGGUUUGUGCUGCUCAAUGAUUGGAGUGCCCGGGACAUCCAGAAAUGGGAGUCGGUGCCACUUGGUCCAUUGGUGGGAAAGAAUUUUGGGACAUCCAUUUCUCCCUGGGUUGUCACACAGGAUGCUUUGGAGCCAUUCACCUGCCCUGCACCUGUUCAAGACCCGCCUCCGCUCCCUUACCUAAGGAACCCUAGGCGUAGGAGCUUUGACAUCCGUCUCGAAGCGGCAAUCAGGCCUCCUGGUGCCACGUCUGGCGCAACGGUUUGUCGGACCAAUUACCGCCACCUCUAUUGGACUGUUGAUCAACAAAUGUCCCAUCUUACAGUCGGAGGCUGUAGUCUUCGGCCAGGAGAUCUGCUUGCAUCUGGGACCGUCAGUGGUCCAGAGACUUCCAGCUUGGCUUGCCUCUUGGAGCUGUCGGGGGGAGGUACUCGAGACGUCGUCUUGAAUCUGGGCGCCGAGCAAUCACAGCCGUCAGAUUACGAAUCUGGGUAUCAGGAAAAGCCAAAAGGGCAAGUGACUAGGAGGUUCCUUGAGGAUGGAGAUGAGGUCGUUCUCUCGGGGUACUGUGACGGAGGCAGCUAUCGUGUCGGCUUCGGAACCUGUUUGCUGAUCGUUGUGUGCCCCACAGCUGGAGCUGUGCGGGCAACCUUGUCUCUGUUCGGAUGGGGCUGUGGGGGCAGGAGCGACAACGAGCCCAUGAAGACAGGUCGGUGGCGAGAUUGCUGUGGGCCAUCAGGGCUUUGCGGGCUUGGAAUAGGAUCGGUUAGAUGCGCAAUGGGAUGCUGCUUAAACAAGGAUGACAAUUCUGCCCAGCAUGAGCGUACGCAGAAUUCUGAGAUAGACAAGCAGAUUAAGAGAGCGGAGAGGGAUGACAAGCAGAUCACAAAGAUUCUAUUGCUUGGCGCGGGUGAGUCUGGCAAAAGCACGAUCUUCAAGCAAAUCAAGGUUCUAUUUCAGCGCGGCUUCUCGGAUGAGGAGCGAUCAGACUUCAAAAAAAUUGUCCAUGUUAACGUUUACCAGUCGAUCAAGGUGCUCCUUGAUGGCCGGCAGGAUUUCUUCGAGUCGGACAGCAACCCUGUUUAUUCCUUGCUUCCUGGAAAUGAGAGGCUGGCUCAGAAGAUCAGCGACAUUGCCAACCUGUCGUCCCCGGAACUGCCUGACCUGAAUGGGGACGCUGCGGCAGAGAUUGACAGGCUGUGGAAGGACCCGGGCAUCCAGGCCACGUUUCGACGAGCAAACGAGCUGCAGCUACCGGACUGCGCGCAGUACUUCUUUGACAACAUUGAUCGUAUUGGAGCUCCCGACUAUAUACCCACCCAAGAAGACGUCUUAUUUGCACGCAUACGUACAACGGGGGUCGCGGAGACGGAGUUUGUGUCGCCGGAGAACCCGAAACUGGUGUACAGGGUAUACGACGUAGGUGGGCAGCGCAAUGAGCGCAGGAAAUGGCUCCACCUGUUCGACGGGGUAUCGGCGAUCAUCUUCUGUGUCGCCCUGAGCGAGUACGACCAGCUCUUGUUUGAAGACGAGUCCGUCAAUCGCAUGAUGGAGACGAAACAGCUGUUCGAGUCCGUCCUUCAAGAGCAAUGGUUCAAGAAGACUGCAGUGAUGGUCUUCCUCAACAAGUUUGAUAUCUUCAGGAAGAAAGUGACGAAAGUGUCUCUGAGCAAGUGCGAAUGGUUCUCCGAUUACAGGCCCGUUGGCGGGGCGCAAGAAGUGGAGCACGCGUACCGCUACGUGGCGAGGAAAUUCGAGGACUUGUUCCGGCAGCAUACUUCUCAGGAGAACUAUGGUCGUGUGUUCGAGGUCCACAAGUCAACUGCAACGGAUACGGAAGUGGUGAGGAGGAUUUUCGAUGCGAUGGACAGGGCCUUCCUUCUUCAGCGGUUGAUGGAGAUGGACGGAAACUGAUCUUUUCUAGCAAACCCCAAACCACACAAGGCUUAAGGCCCGGGAAACGGUCCGUCGGCGCGUUUCACGGCCAGGCUCCUCGUUUGCGUCGCUGCGGAAAAGGACCGGAACUGGCACUCGUCUAUCAGGGGUUCAAACCCAGGUUCAAGGUACCGGGUCAUAAAAUUGCCACUCUUUUAUCAGGGUUUCAAACCCAGGCCAGGUUCAAGGUACUGGGUCAUGCAAAUUUAUGUCAGAAAACCCAAUGGCGGUUGUAACGGGCGAGCUAAGGUGCAAACAAAAGAGAUGGAAAGAGCCUUCCUGACCUGGGGUUCGAACCCGGGUCACUGCUUCCUUGUGCCGCCGCUGGAUCCAUACGCAUCUGUCAGGAAUGGCUGGGCGAACACGCAGACAAGGCAAGUUUGGCUAUGACUUAUUCUUGUCCGUUGCGAGACGCAGAGAGUUUAGAUUGGCAAGUGGGUGAAUGGAGGUAAGUCCAUCUCCCAUGCUCUGUCCCCCCUUCCGCUGCAUGCUCUGUAUGUCUGCCCGUCUUUUUCUCGGCGAUUCUUCCCCGGGACCGUGUACGUUCGUGAACUGAUAGGUCAUUUCCGUGGUUUGGCUGUAGUUCGUUAGUGCCGUGUAGAUGUGCGGACUGGCGGACCAUGUCUGUGAUCUGCCUUUCAGCAAUUCCCCUGGAGCAUCUCCGUUCGUGGGACCGACUGAUUAUGCGCGCGGUCUGACUUCGAGCGAUUCUCCUGGGGCCUCGGCGUUCGUGGACUUGUCGAUCGUGUCUGCGGUCCAUUUGAUCGCACUUAUGGGUUCGGGGUGUGGUGAAAUCAGAUGCAAGGAACUCAAGAUUUGCACUUAUGUUUGGGAAAACAGAAUGAAAAAUACUGCACUUAUGUUCGGAAACAGAAACUGAAGGUGCUGCAGUUAUGUCCUUAAGGACAUCCGUUAAAAUUGGAACAAUACAGAGAGAGAAGAAGAUUAGCAUGGCACCUGCGCAAGGAUGACACGAAGGGUAAAAAACAAAAAAAAGCGUACUCGCAGGGUACUGCUCUUAUGUUUGCGAACAGAAAAUGAAGGUACCGACUGCAGCAGUUAUGUUUUUUUUGAAUCAGAAAUGAAGGUACUGACUGCAGUUAUGUUUGGAAUCAGCUACGAAGGAAGGAUCAAUAAUUUAGGGAGCGGCUGUUCUAGUUGAUGAGAAGUUGGGAUUUCAUCUCGGAACGAGAGUGCAGUGGGGACCACAGUACAGUCUGAGCUUGGUCUUGGUAUUGUCAGACAAGGAAUUGCAGGAAUGCUUUAGAAGUGUACCGUAUGGGGGAAGUAGAUAGAGGGAGGUUGUGAUAAUGUAGGGAUAGAAUCCUAUAGAUAGAUGGUGUUUAGUGCAGCAGGCUGAGGUAUACGCCGUGGAGGUCAUGUGCACAGGUUAUCCUGCUGUUGGUAAGCCGCCAUGCUGCGUUGUCCUCGAUAUUACAGGCCUGCUGCAGGACUAUGGCAGUAGGAAAUUUUGGAAGAGAUCAGGGGAUGGAAGGGGGGGUUGUCAGGUGCGUCAGGGGGUGGAAAGGGGGGUAGUCAGGUGCAUACGUGGAAGGAGGAAUGAGGGGUAGUGGUAACCAUAUACACGAGGCUCUGAUGAGACGAGUUGGAAAGAGACUAGGUAGGGGUACGGCUUCAGCUUCGAAGCUUUCCAUGCCAGGCGUUGGGCUGACACCUCUGCUGCUACAACUUAGCUUGUAAAUGGCGAUUGUGGAGAAGUCGCAGGUUCAAAUCCCGUGCUUACCAGGCAAGGCGGGCGCCUGGCCGUGAUCUUAUCAGGUCGUUUCCUACUGACUGAUUUCGGUCCUCGUGAUAGUUCUGCUCUCGGGAAAUCCUAUGACAGAGUGAAAACGGAGUUUAACGGACCCAAAAGGAUGAUGUCAAUUUCUCUCAAAUUGUAGACAAAUUGUAAAUUGUUGGGUUGAAGCCUUCUAGGCUCUAGGCUAGAAGAUCGGGAAAAAACAACAACACAAAAAUAUUUGGAAAACGUUUUUAAGGUUUAACCGUUGAAGUCACAGUAGUCUGUAGCAUAUAUCUCUGUACUGCAACCAUUGGUUCUUUUGAAUUUCGAAAUUUCUUUCAAUGAAGUUUAAUCUACCCA